CAUCAGUUACUUCAAUCUGUUUUAUGUAUGCAGAGACCAUUUCCACAACCAAAAAAGGAAGAGCUUGGUCUUCCUAAAUUACUGAGCGAUCAUGGCUCGUGUUUCUUCGUCAACGGCGAUGGCGGAGAGGAUAUCGUGGUACUGCGCGCUGCUCGUGGCGCUGAUGCUGGCACUGAGUUGCUGCGAGCCGGGCGAGCCGUCGCUGGCCGAGCUGGGGGCCGCGAUCCGAGAGAGGCACCAUCAGGGCAUGAAUAGGCCGUGCGACGAGAUCUAUGUGGUCCGAGAAGGUGAGACCCUACAGACCAUCGGCGACAAGUGCGGCGACCCAUACAUCGUCGAACGGAACCCGCACAUACACGACCCAGACGACGUCUUCCCGGGCCUGGUCAUCAAGAUCACCCCCUCCAGCAAGAGGUAGAGAGAGCUUGCUCCAUCUCUCUGUGAAAGCAUUUGCUUAAUUAUGUAAUGUGUUAUUGAGGAGAAAUUAUAGGGAAUUUGUCCCUUUUUUAGAAAGAUUUUAACACUCAAGUGAGUCACGUCGAGGCACAUGGAAACCUCUUCCGGUUCCGAUUUUUUCUCUAUGUUUUUUUCGCACUAAGUUUGCACCGAAAUGUUCAUGUUCGGUGUAAACGGCGUCGGGCCGAGAGGAGCCGGUGGAUAAUCCUGGCCCCGGUCGUUCGGUAUUCAGUGUAAUUAUUGCUAAGUAUAUAGUGUUUAUGAAACCAGAUGUGAAGUUAUAAGCUUGGGAA